AUGGGAUUAGACUGGCGCGGCCAGAUUGUUAUUGUUCAUUCUGCCCGCAUUUUUGUUGUGCUGGGCUUUUACAUGGAAUUGCUAGCAUUUCUCGUAACCUUAGAAUAUAUAGGGAGAAGAGAUCUCCACCAAAAAGUUUUCCGGCAAAUCCUGGCUCCAAUUAGCCGCCGCAGUUACGACCCGAUCGAGAUUUGGUCUUGCGCCACAGGGCGCGAAUUGCAACUCGAUACUGCAACCGUGGAGGCGUCAUCGUUCACUAUGCGAAUAGGUGAUCUGAAACGAGCCGUUGAAGAUGUGAUACUCAGGCCUGAUCAGAAUACAUUGAACGACAUCGAUAAACGCGAUACAAUAGCUGCAUUGGAUUUAUGCCAGCCAGAACCAUCGCCACCACUGCCAACAUGUACACCAUCUGCUGCAUCAAUGAACGCCUGUUCAUGUUCCAGUGAAACUGUGCCAGUGGAUGUACCACGUCCACCGCCUCCACUUUGCACAAGCACAAGCCUUGAUACUAUAGUGAGCAUUUAGUU